ACUCAAAACAAAAACAGCAAUAAAAAAAACCGAACAAUGUUGAGGUUGUGUUCUUGUUGCCACUUUCUAGUGAAUAGUGAUGGCUACUGCACUCUCCUUCUCCCUUUCUAGCUUCGCUCUCACGGUGCCCACAACCUUUAGAUUCCAAGUCUCCGCCAUGGCCUCCACCGUCACCACUAAGGUAGCUCCAGCUGUCAUUGUCGGCGGUGGAAGGGUUGGCAAGGCUUUGCAAGACAUGGGCACUGGACAAGACCUCCUCGUUAGGCGAGGUGAGUCCGUGCCUCUCGACUUUGAGGGCCCCAUCUAUGUCUGCACCAGAAACGAUGAUCUUGAAUCUGUGCUUCAUUCUACUCCUCCUUCUAGAUGGAAAGAUUUGGUCUUUUUCCAGAAUGGAAUGCUGGAGCCAUGGCUUCAGAGUAAAGGUUUGAAUGAUGCAGACCAAGUGUUGGCAUAUUUUGCUGUGUCAAAACUUGGAGAAACCCCUGUUGAUGGUAAAACUGAUACCAAUCCUGAAGGAUUGACCGCUGCAUAUGGCAAGUGGGCUUCUGCUGUAUCUGCAAGAUUAAAUGCUGGAGGCCUCUCUUGCAAGGUUCUCGACAAGGAAGCGUUUCAAAAACAGAUGUUGGAGAAGCUCAUAUGGAUUUGUUCAGUCAUGCUUGUUGGAGCACGUAAUGGAAAUGUUUCUGUAGGUGUCGUGGAAAAGGAAUUCCGCUCUGAAUUGUCUAGCCUUAUAGCAGAACUAGCAUCAGCUGCAGCAACUGAAAAGGGGUUAGCAUUUGAAGAAGCCACGGAAGACCGCUUAUGUGCAUAUUCUCGAGCUGUUGCCCACUUUCCCACAGCAGUUAAGGAGUUCAAAUGGAGGAAUGGUUGGUUUUAUUCUCUCUCUGAGAAGGCUACAGCACAAGGCAAGCCGGACCCAUGCCCUCUACAUACCCAAUGGCUGAAAGAGUUAAAAAUUGUAUAAAGCUUGCACUCUCAUGUCUCCACUAUAUUACCAGCUUCUAAGAGUUAUGUAGACAUAGUUAAGAUUAAUUUAGGUACCAGCUUGUAAGAGUGAUUUAGUUAAUAAAGUCAGAAUUUCGUUUCCUUCCACCAUAUGACUUCAAAAUGUCUCCUAUUCUUAGGAGACAAGACAAUACAUGCCUGUUUGUCCACACAGAUUAUUGUAUGUAUGUUGCUUUGUAAUAACAAUUAGGCCCACCUAAACUAUCUUAA